UGUAUGUAUCAUGUCAGCUGAUAUUGUAUUUGUCCUUUGAAUUUGUUAGUUGGCAAGGGAUACGGAAAAUUCCCUUCCGUUUAUAAUUUUGUCAUAAUUUUUGCAAGCAAUAUGUUAUUUCAUCGUUGAACUUUUAUCAGCUAUAGUAUAUUUGAGUGUGAGAAGGGACAAACGCUGUGUGAAGAUCCGGGCCGAGAGAAUAACGUGGUUUAAGUUGUCACGUAGAGCUCAAAUCAAAUAUUGUUUAUUUUGGUUUUCUCUCUUGAUGAACUGUUUGGAUAUUUCUAGAACUGAAUUUUUCAUUCUGUCUGAGCCUUUCGUUGUAAUUGUUAGAAAGAUAAACAAAAAAAAAUUGAUCUCAACUUCUAUACUGCGUAAUUGACAAAAGUGCGGCCGGCCGGCGGGUAGCAGGAAGAAAGCAGAGACGAGUAUAGGCUGUAUAGUGGAAUAUAGUGAAGAAAUAAAAUGUCGAGCGCUCAUGAAAAGAUUAAUCUUUCUAGAGACGAGUUUCGGAACAUUACUCGGUGUCUAGAAAAUGAGGAAUUCCGUAAGCUGUUUGCAGAGUACUGUGAAGAACUUCAGAAUCUCGAUAACAGAGAACAAUUUGAAAAUGAAAUUAAGCAAUUGGAGGCUCAGAGAGGGUAUGAUGUUCAAUUUAUUAAACCUCUGCCGGGUUAUGUAAUUAAAACAAAUGUCAACGGUGAAAUGAAGGCUUUCGUAAAUGUUUGCCACUGCGAUUUAGUUGGAAAACCGGCAAGUCAAUCAUCUAUCAACGAAAAGGGACAAAAAGGUUUCAAAUGGAGCAUUCCUUAUGCUCAAAGCCAUCCGAGAAAAAAUUAUGAUAAUAGAGGAGCUGAAUGCAUAGUGUACGAUGUCGUGUUUCAUAGUGAUACGCUGCAUUUGGCUAGUAGGAAUGCGAAUUUCAGAAAUCUGGUAACGGGUACCGCUAUCGAUGCUGUGGAAAAUUCUUUCAAAGUUUCUUUGAACAGAGAAAACUUAAGGUUCCCCAAACUUCAGUACAAAGGUGUUCCGAAAAUGACAGUCAUACGACAAAAAGCGACCAAUGGUACAGAUUUGCAGACUGAAACACAAAAAGUCAACCUAGAAGAUCGAGUGGAAAUGAAGAAGAGUAUCGUUGAAGAAAAUUACACCAUUCCUUCAUACAAGAUCAUUCACAGAAAAGACAUUGAGUACUAUGAGUUGACGGAAGAAUCGGACGCAAAAACGUUUGUUACUGUUCCUUCCGAGCUUGAAGUUGUGGUUGAGCUUCCUCUCCUAAAAUCUUCCAGCGAAUGCGUACUGAAUGUCACCAGAAAAGAACUACAUUUAAUCAGCGAUGUGGCUAAAUGUAAACUCAACGUAAAACUUCCUUAUGAGGUACAUGAAAAAGAUGGAAGUGCCAAAUUCAAUGCCGAUAAUAGAACGUUGACUAUUACACUUCCUGUCGUCAAAAAACGUUGUGCAACACCGGAGAGGAAAGAGUGCGAUGAUCCAAAUAAAAGCUAUGCGGAAACAGAUAUCUUAUCCGGGAUGGCUGAGAAACCCAUUUUAUCUCGACCUCGUGAAGUAUCUGGAGAUGUUUCUGAGCGCGACACAAGGAAGAUAAUAUUUCCAAAAUUUUCUGCGAACAAAAUGGAUAACAUGAUCGCAUUCACACUAAGCGUGCGUAAUAUCGAUCCAACAAGUAUCGAGAUAAAGAAAGGCUCGAACACGGUGACCUGCGGCUUCGCCAACAUCGGAAGUGGCUUUUUUCCAUGUUAUUAUCUCUUUUUCGUACGCUUUCCAAACGUUAAUAUUGCCGAAGUGCAAUACGAGAAAUGGGACAACAAUUUAAUUCUUCAAGUCGUUCUGAAUAGCUCACAAAUUGAUUGUUAUUAUGCCGGUAAAGAUGAAAACAGCUUGACACAGUAUGACAUAAUGGAAGGAUUCAAAGAUAAAAUCAACAAAUUAGGGAAGGAAAUUGAAGACGACAGUCUAUGUAUAGCUGUAUGUAAAACUGUUUCCGGACAGGAGAGAAAUUUAUCCAAUUUGAGCAUCGAAAUUAAAACCAAAAACAAAACUAAGGCUGAUGUAUGUGAUACUUUCGAUAAUUCCUCAAAAAAGAUUUAUGAUCCUUCCCACAAUAAAGAAAACACUGAAUCCAACACAAACAGUGUAAGCACUGAAGUGAACGUAAAAGUUGAUGAAAAAGAUGAUAUUAUUACAAAACAAGAUAACACCAACGAAACGAAAAAGUCUAAAAAAAAUUCUCGCGGGAAGAAAAAGAGGCGAUCUCUGUCGGAAUCCUGUUGUGAUCAACUGAAGAUCAUCGGUGAGAACGAAAUCUGUAAAUAUGAGCCCACCGAUGUUGAACCGUUGAAUGACAUUGGCAACCAUCAAGCAGCGACCGAAGCUUGUUCGCAGCGAAAAGUAAGAAGUAUUUCGGAGUCGAGCUCACACACCUUUGGUUCUACGAAUGGCGCCAAUAUGGAUAAUUUAGAUGCAUUGAUGAAACUCAACAGCAAGUACAAGGGAAUAUUAAAACGUUCGUCGUUUGAACGAAGCAUGAGUGAAUGUUCCUCAUACGAUGAGUCCAUAUUUCACGCAUCUUCUGUGGAAGUAUCGAGUAUAGCCGGAUCGAUUGAACACUCACAUGGAGAGUUAUCCGAGAGCUGUCGCAAAACAGUUCGUUUCAAUGACUCAAUUAAAACCAAACUUUUUAGAUCUAACACCAGUAUCCUUGCGCAGAAGAAAAAGAAUGCAAAGAAGAACGAAAGUAAACGUCGUUCAAUUAUGCGCCGUUCCAGUGAGGGCGAAAGUACUGACACUGAGGACAAGGAGCAGCGUGAAUUUGGUGAUGCACAUAACCUAGAAGUACAAAGAGAUCAUGAUCACGAUAGUGGAAUUUCGUUGGACUCAGAUGCUGGAAUCAUUACUGCCAAUAACUAUGAUGUUUCAAUAAUGGAAAAGCACAUAAACGAUGAAAACACUCUGAUCGACGAUAAUAUCGCGAAGAACAAAUCAAAUAACAAGGAAAAGUGCAACAAAAGCAAAGCAUCAACAACAAACCAGAAAACCGCUAAAAGUUCAAAAUCAACUGAGACUGAGUUCCGUAGUGACAUGAUUUUCGACAUUGAAAUGUGAAAUUAUUGAUUUGUGAUUUGUAGCAUAUAACAUAACUUAUUUGUUGAACUGUUUAAAUCAGUUAACAUCACCAACAAUGUGUUUGUUUAAAUUUGAUUCAUUCGUUCUUGCUCACUAUGAAAUUUUUGAAAAGAUUCGAUCAAUAUUAGAAAUUUAGAAUUUAAUGCAAUGCGAAGUUGUUUGAAAUAAGGCUUUAUUCAAAUCAGAAUGUUUUUAAAUCGGUCGGUAUCAUGUAAUUGUGAAACAAAUACUACAAUAUACUGCACCAAUACGUUAAUAUGUAAUA